CUAUGUGGGCAAGCUGUUGUAACUGGUUUUGCCUGGAUGGGUCACCCGAAGAGAUGCAGCCGCCGCCGCAGCAUGGAGCCAGAGCCCAGGCGUAUUCCAACCCCGGGUACAGCUCCUUCCCCUCGCCCACGGCGUCCGAACAGAGCUGCAAGGCCUGCGGGGUGCACUUCGACAGCUCCUCCAGGAAGCACAUCUGCUUGGACUGUAAAAAGAAUUUUUGUACGUCCUGCUCCAACCAGCCCGAAGGUGGUCCCCUCCUCUGCCACCUGUGCCAGCGGUUCCGAGCCACAGCUUUUCAGCGGGAAGAGCUGAUAAAGAUGAAGGUGAAGGACCUGCGAGACUAUUUGGCACUCCGUGAGAUUUCCACAGAGUUGUGUCGUGAAAAGGAGGACCUGGUGUUUCUGAUUCUUGGCCAGCAGCCUGUAAUUAACCAGGAAGAUCAGAUAAGAACAAAUCCAUUUAAUCCUAGUGCCUCUGGACAGCAGGACUUUGUGAUUCUCCCACCAACCAGCACAGCAUCUUCUACCUCACGUGAUGCAUCUCCCGUGGCUGCAGACCCCAUCUCAAGUUCACUAGCUCAGGUACAUCAACAGGCAAAUGGUUACGUGCCUCCGAGCCACGGCGGUAUGACAGGAGUUGAGAAUGCAGCAGAAGCGCCAGCAGAGGAGGAGACACAGUCUACUGACUCGGAAGAUAACCUGGUGCUGGGGAGGAAGGCUUCUCUUUCCGAUCUAACAAGCAUCGGAGACAUCAAUGCACUCUCUGUGCGACAGCUGAAGGAAAUUCUCGCUCGCAACUUUGUCAACUACAAAGGCUGCUGUGAAAAGUGGGAGCUGCUAGAGAGGGUGACUCGUCUUUAUAAAGAGAAAGACCAGCAACAUCUAGUUUCUGACACUGACGAUCAGACCGGUGGUGCUGGGCUCCCUGGCAUGGAGGACAACCUCUGCAAAAUCUGCAUGGACUCACCCAUUGACUGUGUCCUGCUAGAAUGCGGCCACAUGGUCACUUGCACCAAGUGUGGGAAGCGGAUGAGCGAGUGCCCCAUAUGCAGGCAGUACGUGAUAAGGGCUGUCCACGUCUUUAAGUCCUAAGCAUGUGUAAGGAGGACUGGGGAUGCCUUAAAGCCUCAUCUGCUCUUAGAGAAACAGUCAAAAUCGCUGCAAAUAGUUAGGUCAGAGAUUAGCAUAUGGACCCCACGGGAAGCUGGAAGUGAGGGAUGGACGAAGCCUGGGGAAAAUCGUUCUUGCUCAAGCCCAGCUGUGCUCUUCCCACUAUAGUGCUUUACACCACAGUGCCUGGACUCC